UCAAAGUAGAGUAGUGUUAUUUGUAGGAAUCUGCAGUUACCUGUUGGACCCAAAUGUAUCUACUCCGAAUUAGCCACCAAUUAAUUAAUUAUUUAUUUUAAAUUGGUUUGGGCAUUACGCUGUGGUAGGUAUUUAGUGUAACCUAGUGCAGAUUGUGCUCAGUGCUGUAGCUUAUGAGCGAUAGGGAGGAACAGCAACCGGACGACCGGAUCCUGCGAUCAGCAAGACGCCCACUUGCACACUUGGCAUUAGGACCAGAGGGCGACAAGUACCUGUUCCGCCAGCGUAGGGAGAGUCUGCAGCAGCAGCAGAGAGGUAGGGACGCAGAAGUUAGCAGAGCUUUCGCAAGUGAGGCCGCUGCUUCAGUAGCCAUGGCUAGCGCUGCACAGCAGUCCUCUCAGGCUGGGAGUUCAGGAACUGUAGGGUCAACUGCGGCGCAGACCCAGAGUAAGUCGGCUGGCGUAAUGGCAAGCCAGUCAAAUGUGUUGUCACCCGAGGAGAUCGCCAUACAGCAGGCUGCCCUGCAAGAGGCACAGCUACAGAAGGCUUUAGGGGAUACAAAGGCAGAGAAAGAGAGAAUGAUUAGAAGAGUAGCCAGGAUGCAGCGAAGAGAAGCGGAUGUUAGGCAGUUAGAGGAAAUGGAUCUGACCAAUAUGAAUGUGGAUGUGAGGGGGCGAGUGCAUCGCCUGAGUCGACCUGUGGAGUCGACCUGUGCCAAGAAACAGCGCAUGGUAGUUAAUGACUACCUUCAGGACGUUGAGUGCCUUUUCCCGCACGCGGGAGGGGAAUUGAGACAUCGCGUCUCGUUCCUAGUGAGUGACGAACUCCCCAUGGAUAUGUUGUCAGACAGGUGUGAGGCUGCUUUCAGGCAACUGAAGCAUGCAUUGACACACUAUGAGGUCUUGAAACUUCCUGAUCCUGACAAGUCGUUCGUUGUAACUACGGAUGCCAACCAAUAUGGCAUUGAUGCCGUACUUGCCCAGCAGGAGGGGAAAACGUUGAGACCGGUAGAGUACAUGUCCAAAAAGAUGCCCUCUCAAAAGUUGGCUAAGUCCACCUAUGAGAAGGAGCUCUAUGCGAUCUACAAGGCGCUAACACAUUGGAGGCAGUAUCUCCUUGGGCGCUUCUUCUACGCCAGGACUGAUCAUCAGACCCCGAGGUGGAUGAAGACUCAGUCAGUACUCUCUGAUGCUCUGAAGCAUUGGAUAGAAGUCAUAGAACAGUACGACUUCGAGCCCCAGUACAUCAAGAGCGAGUACAACAAGGUUGCAGAUGCGUUGUCGCGCAGGCCAGACUUCCUCGGUGCGCUGGUCACUGAAUUUGGGCUUGCGGACGAUGUUACUCAGUCUUUGGUGGAAGCCUAUCGCGAGGACCCGUUUAUGGCCGAGAUCAUACGCAGACUCGAGGCGAAGGACAAAGAGACUUCCGCCGAGUUUGAGUUGGUCAACGGCCUGCUGUUCCUUGAGAAGGCAGGGAAUAAGCGUUUGUGUGUCUGUCAGAGGGACAAGCCACGUGCUCAGGCUCCUCUUGGGCUCGUGAAGCCCCUUCCAGUUCCGGAAAGGCCUGGUGAGAGCCUGUCCAUGGACUUCAUGGAUACGCUGGUCACCAGCAAGAGUGGAAUGCUCUACAUCUACGUCCUUGUGGAUAGGUUUAGUAAGUUUGCUAGGUUAGUUGCAAUGCCGGCAACAGCUAAGACGGAGUAUGUGAUUACAAUGUUUAAAGAGAAUUGGAUUAGAGAUUUUGGAUUGCCAAAGUCUAUCGUUAGCGACCGGGACGUGCGAUUUACCAGCGAAUUGUGGAAAGCAGCAGCUGCAGAGCAAGGCACGCAACUGCAGAUGACAUCAGGCAAUCAUCCCGAGGCAAACGGGCAGGCUGAACAAAUGAAUCGCGCUGUACAACACCUGCUAAGGCAUUACAUAAAGCCAAAUCAGGUAGAUUGGGAUGAGAAACUUGCUCUCAUCACCAGUUUGUACAAUAAUGUUGUGCACAGCGCAACCGGAGCCAGUCCUAACAGCUUGCUAUUGACCUUCAGACCUGGACUUCCUUUAGACUUUCUACUACCUGACAAUCAGCCAACUGCUGCACCAGGGACUCUAGAGUUUGUGUAUAGAUAUGAGCACUUGAUGCAGCAGGCUGUUGAGCAGAUGCACAAAGCACAGGCGGCGAUGAUAGAGUCUGAGAACAAGCACCGCCGCCCAUCUACAUUCCAGGUAGGGGAAAGAGUCUGGGUGAAGUCCUCCGAACUGGAACAAGAGUACGGUAUAUCCCGUAAACUCGUGCCACAGUACUUUGGGCCGUGGGAGGUAUUCGAUGUCGUGGGGAAUGAACCGGAUGGCCCGUCUUAUGUUAUUCGCAUCCCUGGUCACUUACGCACUUACCCUGUCUUUCACGCCUCCAAGCUUGCACCUUUCAAGGAAACAGAUCAGUUUCCUUCUCGACGCUCAAUGCUGCCCCCAACCAUGGAUGGAGAGGUGGACAUAGACGACAUCGUGGAUCACAGAGAGCUGCCCGUUCCAAGACCGACAGGCAGGGGACGUCCUCCGAAACCGAAGCUGCAGUACCGAGUUCGGUUCCGACAUCAUCUGGAUCCAAAGGAGGACCGCUGGUUCACUAGGGAGGAACUCAUGCAGAACGCUCCUCAGAUCGUAGCUCAAUAUGAGAAGUCUCUGCAGAAGGGAAAGCUCCAGAUCAUCGAAGACUGAACUUCUCAGAGGACUAGCGAAGUUAUGGAGGAGGGAAUGCGAGGCUUAUGCCCCUAUGAGCCCC